CCGCGGUCAAGUCCAAUGCCUGUCUCAAAUCUCAGCAGCACUAAACCUCUCAUCCUCUCCAAUGUCGAGCUCUCGAGCUCUGCUUCAAUGUGGCUCUCAACCGCCUCCCAACCAAUCCCAUCCCCAAAACGCUGCGUAUCACAUGACGGACUACCGGAUAUCGCCGAACAAGAGUACCGCAAGAAAGUCCUCCGAGACCUCAACUCCUUGAUUUCCGGCGCCGACACGUCAGCGGACGACGACGCCGUGGAUCAAGAAGUGACUGAUACUGAGUGGUUCUUUCUCGUUUCAAUGACUCAGUCGUUCGUCAACGGCGGCGGGCUUCCGGGUCAGGCCUUCUUUCACUCCACCCCGGUCUGGGUUGCUGGACUGGACCGACUGGCGGCUUCUCCGUGCGAGCGGGCGCGACAGGGCCAAGUGUUUGGGCUGCAGACUAUGGUUUGCGUUCCGACGGCGAAUGGGGUUGUGGAGUUGGGAUCGACCGAGCUCAUCUACCAGAGCUCCGAUCUGAUGAAUAAGGUCAGGGUUUUGUUUGAUUUCAACAAUUUGGAGGUCGGUUCUUGGCCUAUGAGCGGCGGCGCCACCGUCGAUCAGGGCGAGAACGACCCUUCGUCGCUCUGGCUUAAUGAUCCGUCGACCACCACCAUGGAAAUGAAGGACCCGGUGAAUACUUCGGCAACCACCAACACCAGCAACCAGCUAAUUUCAAAGCCGGUGCAGUUCGACAACCACCCGAGCUCCAGUAGCUUAUCCGAGAACCCGAGCCCGAUUCAAGUACCACAAUUGCAGCAGCAAGUACAACAACAACAGCAGACGCAGGUGUUUGAUGAAAGUCCAGACAGAGAGUACAAUGGUGAUUUUGAAUACAGUAAGCUUGGAGAUGAUGCUUCCAGGAUUUGUGCAAGCAAUGACGGUGAAGAUCUGGACUCAGGAGAACUGAUUCAUUUCUGUUGUUGUAAAUGAUUGCAUCUGUGUCACAGAGAUUUUGACUUGAGGAGGUCGGAUCUGAUUCUGCCCAGCAAGGAUGAUCCGCUCUAGCUCUCUGUCCACCUUACACCCUCAAGUAUAGGGGCAGCAUGUGGGGCUACAAACGAUUUUUCAGACGGACACUGCUCGAAUCAUCUAGUUUCCUCAAGGAUGAUUGCUUGAAAAUUAAUUGCACUGUCGGUGUUGUGGUUUCUGCAAUAGAUAGUUCGAGAUUGCAUUCCAUACAUGUCCCCGAUUCUGAUAUUGGAGAUCAUUUUGGUAUGCUUUUGGAGAAUGAGGAAGGUUCAGAUGUUACUUUCAAUGUAUGUGGGGAAAAGUUUCAUGCCCACAAGUUAGUACUGGCAGCUAGAUCUCCUUUAUUUGAAAAAGAAUUUUUCGAUGGAAAUGAAGUAGAAGAAUCUCAUCACUCGGCCCAACCACGACCCUUCAUCUGAGCCAUCAGACUCCGUAGUUCCUGCACCCGCCACAA